AUGUAUACCAGCGAGUACGACUACCUCCUCAAGCUUCUUCUCAUUGGCGACUCCGGUGUCGGCAAGAGUCACAGGUCACACCGCCUCCACGUCGACAUCCAAAACUUCGACACUGCGCAGAACAUCGUACUGCGCACACACUGGACGCAACGGAACAGCAACACGGCGACACGGAACUGGAGGAGGCGGGGAUAUCAGAAGUGCCUGGGAAACAAGAUUCUGCUGAGGGAGCAGGGGUGA